UCCUGAGCCAACAUCCUUCCAGUAACGUUACGACUUCCAUGCAACAAUAAACACACCGCCCAAUCAAGAUCCACUCUCAAGUCUCAAAUUACAAGGGGACCUCAGCUUACUCAGCAAAGAUCUUUGUUCUUAACGUUAUCUAAUCUAAUUAACGGGAACCAGCAACAGCAUCGCCAUUGUUUGCUUCUAUUCCAACCUUCGUUACAACGGAUUAGCUGCGCAGCUUCGCUACCCAUACCAUCCGAGUCGCUGAUCAUUCUCGAAGCCGAUUCUUUUGCUCCUCCAUCGAGAUCGAAGCAUCAUGUCUGACUCCGAGGACCUAAUCGAUAACAUUCCCGAUGGGGAAGGCGACGACCUUUUCGGAGAUGAGGGCGGCGAGGGUGACGACGCCAUCUCAGAGGCCGAAAAAGCCCAGAGUGAUCGGGACUUGGUGUCAGAUAGGGAGGACAAAGAUUCUGACGCGCAUCAUCGCGAUGACGACGAGGAGCCCCGCGAAUUUCGUGAGAAGCUUGUCGUGGAAGUUCCUCUUUACCGGCACCGCAUUCCGCGAUCAAGAGAUGGCAGUCUGCACUCGCUUCGAGUCCCGGAAUUCCUCAAGUUCAACCCAGUGGAAUACAAGCCCGACGAAUGGCAGCCAAGUAAAUGGGAGCUCGACAACGCCAAAUCCGACAAUCCCAUCCCGGCCAUAAUGUUCCGACGCGAUCCAAAGACGGGACGCAUGCAGAGUAAUGCAAACAUGUACCAAUGGAGCGAUGGCUCUGUGACACUCGCGAUUGGGGAUGAGCAUUUCGAGAUCCAGUCCAAACCUCUGGCGCCACCACGCAAUAAGCCAUACAAAGAAGUGCAGGACGCGCACUACUAUGCCGCGGCCGCACACCUGACAACGAAUUCUUUGCUUGUCGUGGGGCAUUUCACGGAGCAAUUCACUGUCAAGCCCAACAAAGAGCUCGAGGAUCACGCGCUGGAGCGGUUGAAGGCACAUCUCGCCGGCGCCAAGAAGGACCGCGGAGCCGACAUGAUCAUCGUCACAACCGAGGAUCCGGAGCUUCAGAAGAAACAGGCCGAGCUCGCAGAGAAGGAGCGCAUGAAGCUCCAGCGUCGCCGCGAGACGGCAGCUGCUCGCGCGGACGGCCGGUACAAGGGCGGUGCACUCUCCAUCGGCGACAUUGAAGGCCGACGUGGUGGGGCCGCGGGGAGAAAGAGAGGAGCUACCGGGGCCGUCAAGAAGAAGCACCGUCGCGACGAAUACGACUCGGAUGAUGAUCUUCCCAGUGGGGCACGGCGUCCAGAUGGUUACGACAUGGACGAUGGGUUCCUGGUCGAUAGCGAUGAAGAAAGCGAGGCGGUGGAAGACGACGAAGAGGAGGAAGAGAUAUUGGACGACGAAGAUGACGAGGAUGAAGCACCUCGGCCGAAGCGGCAGAGGACGGCCGAGCCAGAUGAGGAUGCCGAGGGCGAGGAUGACGACGCCCCGGCUCCCACCGACACCUCAAACCGCCGGAGACGGCGUGUCAUCCAGGACGAAGACGAUGAGGAGUAGGUUUUCUCCGGAUGCAUUGGGGUUCAUAAAACGAUUCU